AUUGGAAUUUGGCAUUUGGUGCUGGGGAAAAACACCCUCGAUUUGUCCUCCCUCCUUUGUCCCAAAACUGCUGCGAGGGUUUCUGUUUUUUUUUUUUGGAAUUGCCGUAAUUCCCUCUUCCAACCCUAAAAAAUCACACCUUUUUUCUCUCAAUUCAACUAUACCCACCAAAACCCACAACUUCAAUCAAGAGUUCAUUCAUUAUGGAACCACCACCACCUUCAAUGCUUCACUUAGCAAUGGCGGCUUUCUUUGGGGCUUCAUUAAUGGCUAUUUCUGCUUUGUUCAUCCACAAGCGGACUGUUGAUCAGGUACUCGAACGUUUAAUCCAAGUUCGCCGUAGAAACAUUGUCUUUAGGGAUGAUCAAUUGGUGGAUGGUGAAGUUGAACAAGAUAAACAAGAUUUUGGAGAUGAAGGUUUUGACGGAGAUGACAAUGAAGGGUUUGAAGCGCAUGAUGAUUAUGAUGAUGAUGAUGAUGAUGAUGAUGAUGAUGUGCAAAAGAGAGAAAUUAGAGGUCAAGUUUGGGCUGCUGUUCAAGGUGCAACUGGAGUUGGGGAACUCUUUAAUGUUAAUUGUACUUCAUCAUCAGUCCCUAAUGCUGGAGCUGGAUACUUUUCUAGUAAUUGGUUGGAUGAUGAUACUAAUUACCGUUGUUUAUCUUCUUCUCUUGAUAAAUCCCAUUUGCCCCUGCUUCAGAGAUUUCUCAGAAACGGAGAUGGCUGCUCAUCAAAGAACUCUGCUUCAAGUACAAAGCGUUCUUCUCAAAAUGUAAAGAGAAAUUCUCUGGAAAAUAAAGUAACUUCCGAUGAACAAGCUCAACAGCUUCACAAUGGAGACACUAUCCCUUCCCAAGAAAACAAUGCUGAUUUUGAUAGUAAAUUGACUGUUCAAAAGUCACUUUUUCCUGCUGGAUAUGAAAAGCACAACAGUCUGCAAGAUCAGAAAUCCAGAGUUUCUGCUUGUGAGCGAAAAGCCAUUUUAGAUUUGCCAGCCAAUGUGGAGAUAGACAUGCCUUUGAGUGGGAUGGAGGGCAAUGAUUUUACUGCUGAAACCAUUCUACCACUGAAAACUGCAAUACCUGUGCCUUUAAAUGUGGAAGAGGAGGAAGUUCAGAGAAUGCUUCGUGAAUGUUUACAACUUCGGGAGGCAUAUGUUUACAAGGAACAAGUUGCGCCAUGGUAUAAACCAGUAGAUGCUAAUACAUCUGGAAAGAUUGAAGAUCCUUUUCACUUUUAUCCGGUCGAGAAGACUCAUCAUGAUUUUAGGAUGGAAGAUGGUGUUGUACAUGUUUAUGCAAGCAAAGAUGACACUAAAGAGCUUUUUGCUGUUCCAAGUGCAACACAAUUUUUUACUGACUUGCAUCAAAUCUUAAAGGUCGUUUCAAGUGGUAAUGUUAGUUCUGCAUGCUACCAUCGGUUACGGUUUCUUGAGGAGAAAUUUCGUCUAUAUCUGUUAGUACAUGCAGAUAAGGAGUUUCUGGCUCAGAAGAGUGCUCCACAUCGUGACUUUUACAAUAUUAGAAAGGUCGAUACACAUAUUCAUCAUUCUGCUUGCAUGAACCAGAAGCAUCUUCUUCGAUUUAUCAAGUCCAAGCUAAGAAAGGAACCUGAUGAGGUUGUCAUAUUUCGGGAUGGGAAGUACCUUACGUUAAAAGAAGUUUUUGAGAGCUUGGACUUGACAGGGUAUGAUUUGAAUGUUGACUUGUUGGAUGUGCAUGCUGAUAAGACUACUUUUCACCGAUUUGAUAAAUUCAAUCUGAAGUACAAUCCUUGUGGACAAAGUAGACUCAGAGAAAUAUUCUUAAAGCAGGACAAUCUCAUCCAAGGUCGUUUUUUGGCUGAAGUAACAAAAGAAGUUUUAGCUGAUCUUGAAGCCAGUAAGUACCAGAUGGCAGAGUAUAGGAUUUCUAUAUAUGGGCGGAAGCAAAGUGAGUGGGACCAGCUUGCGAGUUGGUUUAUCAACAAUGAGAUCUACAGUGAAAAUGCAGUUUGGUUGAUCCAGCUUCCGAGGCUGUACAAUGUGUACAAGAACAUGGGCAUUGUUACGUCAUUCCAGAAUAUCAUUGAUAAUAUAUUCAUCCCACUCUUUGAGGUUUCAGUUGAUCCAAACUCUCAUCCUCAGCUGCAUGUGUUCUUGCUGCAGGUUGUUGGAUUUGAUCUUGUAGAUGAUGAGAGUAAACCAGAGAGGCGACCUACCAAGCAUAUGCCUGCACCAGCUCAGUGGACUAAUGAAUUCAACCCUGCAUAUUCGUAUUACACAUAUUACUGCUAUGCAAACUUGUAUACUCUUAAUAAGCUCCGUGAAUCCAAAGGACUACCAACCAUCAAACUUCGACCGCAUUGUGGAGAGGCUGGUGAUGUUGACCAUCUUGCUGCCGGGUUCCUUUUAUGCCAUAAUAUUUCACAUGGAAUCAAUCUACGAAAGUCUCCAGUAUUGCAGUAUCUUUAUUACCUUGCUCAGAUUGGAUUGGCUAUGUCUCCUCUGAGCAAUAACUCUCUUUUUCUAGACUACCACCGCAACCCAUUCCCAAUGUUUUUCCAGCGUGGUCUAAAUGUCUCUCUCUCGUCUGAUGACCCUUUGCAAAUCCAUUUAACUAAGGAGGCACUUGUUGAGGAAUAUAGUGUUGCUGCACAGGUGUGGAAGCUCAGUGCUUGUGAUUUGUGUGAAGUUGCGAGGAAUUCGGUCUAUCAGUCUGGAUUUUCGCAUGCAGCAAAGCUGCAUUGGCUUGGAGGAAAAUAUUUCUUGAGAGGCCCAGAAGGUAAUGACAUUCACAAGACUAACGUCCCUAAACUGCGCAUAGCGUUCCGGCAUGAAACCUGGAAAGAGGAAAUACAGUAUGUCUACUCUGGAAAAGCAAGGAUCCCUGAAGACAUCGACAUCUUUUGAGGAGAUAUUACAUUAUACGAUCUUUUUCUAUAUAUAUAUUUCUUAGACAUUAGUCUUUCCACCUAUUUAAACUUGCCCCUUAUGUGUACCAUGUGAGCGUUUUAUGUAGAUGGGACAAACUCAAAAUGAUAGGAAGAGAAGACGCUUGGUUCCUUUACCAAAUGACUUGGUAGUUGAUGAUCCAAAAAUUUAACCAAGAUUGUAGUUUUCAUAUAGUAUCACAAUGUCACAUUUGGCCCUUGUUUGACAUGCUUCCGACUUCCUAGUUUAUCUGUAUUCUAAGGUGCAUGAAUAUUACAUUCCUCGGAACUUGGAAUAUUCAAUAGCCUAUCCAAAUAGACUAGGGACUAGUAUCAUCUAAGACUACGACUUUGAUUAUUUGUAUUGCUGCUAUUAUAUGAAAUUUGUCGUACUUUUCUUUUUAAACUGUUAAAUUAAAUUUUCUCUUUUUUGUAAUUAUAGUCAUAUUUUAUAUCUUUUUUUAAUUUUUCACCUAUACAUUUAACUUGUUUUUGUCUUAUCUAUAUAUUUUUCUUACUUUUUUCAUAAAAUACUACCACACUUUUCUUUAUUUUUUCACUCAUAGUUGAUGGAGCAUUUUU